AUGGUGCCACCCGUGAAUGUCUCCCCGCUCAUCAAGGUGGGACGGUAUUCGGCCCUGCUCUUGGGUGUAGCCUACGGAUCGAAGUUCUAUGCUUACCUAAAGCCCCGGGAAGAAAAAGAACGGAAGCUAGCGGCCGAGCAGAAAAAGAAGGAAGAAGAGAUGAGGAGGGUUCAGCAGCAAUUGGAAGAAGCCCGAGAUGACACCAUAUUGAAAUAAAAAAUUUGCUGUUUUCUUCUGCAAG